AUGGCGCAAGUCUGGAAGGCGCGCGCGGUCAGGCACCCGUGGCGCGCGAGGCUCGGGGCCUGCGACGCUCUGGGCCGACCGAAGCUCAAAGGGCUCGCGGAGCUCGGGAUCGACGAGGCACCCGCGAACCGCGUGGGCGGGCGCAGGCAGGCGCCCGCGCAUGAACGCCAGGGCGCCCGGGCGCCUAUAGGCACCUACCUGACUGUGGAGAGCUCCGGGUCCGUGGUCGCGGGGAGCCUGACGGUGGGCAAGCACGAGAGGUUCAAGCGCAAGCGGAACAGCGAUGGGACCGUCUCGCUCGCGACAGCGCACGGUGGUCAUUACAUUUCGGUGUUCGAGAACGGGACCGUGCUUGCGAACGCCACCAAGUGUCACGCUUGGGAAAAGUUCCAGCUCGUGAAGCAGAAGGACGGCAGCGUGUCGUUGAAGGCGUGGAGCGGACGGUACCUGUCCGUCUCCAAGCUCCCGAUUCUCACGUUCUACAUGUACCGUGCCCAGGGGAACGGCGACUAUCCGUGGCGCAGCGUCAACACUGGGAAUCUCGCUGGCGUGAUGUGGUACCUGCACAACGAGGUGGUGGUCGAGACGCCGCGCAAGUACGGGAUCGAGCGCAUCAUCCGGAUGAAGUUCCAGACCACCUCGACCAAGGCGUUGGCUGAGGUGGGCCUCAAUUUCGGUGUCCGCUUCGCCUACGACACGGGCAUGUGCACCGGCGCGGGCCCCAUCAACGGCUACGCAAGCUGCAGGGACCUCUACGCCAGGCUGGGGCACUUCAUUGGCUGCAACUACUUGGGAGAUUACCCGUUCCCCAUGGCCUCCAAGGGUUUCUCGAGCUUCUAUGAGGGUGGUAUGUGGUACAGCUUGCCGAAAGAGGGGGCCUGCAUUAGCGCUCCUUAUGGAGGUGACAACUGCACAUAUUUCUACGAGGAUGCAGGUAGCGUUGACAUCGGAGAUCUCCACGACUUGGGCAAUGGCUACUGGGACUGGUACAACAAUCCCGACAUGAAGGAGUACGACAGAGACACAGACGAAGGUGUUGGGAGCGACUUCUGGAACGGCAUCGAGGACGUGGAGGGCAACAAGAAGCGCGUACAGCGCGCGCUUGCUCUAUUCAGCGAGAAGUAUCCAGAUAUCCCCUCGCAAGAUGCCUACCCGGACCCAGUCUGCGACUUCAACUGCAAAAAGUUUUAUUCGAGCGAGGAGAUGGAGAAGGUCGGUGGAGAGUGCCAGUGCAGCGAGCACGAGGCUGCCCUGGCUUUCAUGGACAAGGUGAGCCCAGAGCAGUGCAACCUUGAUGCUACCUCCGGCCUUCAGAACGUCGGCUACUACCAGGGGGAUUAGGGAGGAUCUGGAUAUUCGAACAUCAAUUCAUUUAUAUGCGCCACCGUGCCCCCUCCCGAAGCAAUGGAGGAUGGGCGGUGCCUUUUUUUAAGCAGCCAGUGUUGCUGUCCAAUUUGCUGGAAACGUUCUGGCAGUCCGUGUGCUUGUGCACGCCUGCUUCACAGUCUAUCUCCUGGGGAAAUAAUUCCGCAUGGCCGCUGGUAGAUCAGUGGUCGAAAACUGGCCCCAGGACCCGUCUGUCCACGGCGACGAGGGAAUAGGCAUCGGCAUCGCAACGUCCCUCUCCCCCUACAGACCUCGCGCAUGCGAAGGGUCUACUGCACGGCUCGGGUAUCCAUAUACAUUCGAGGCAGUUCGAGCCACGAGGUAAUUGCCUUUGGUUCUGAAUGCCCGCCGCGGGCGUGAUACACGCGGUUGCAGCAUCCUGUGCCCGAAAUCAUGUCAGGCUCUUGGCGUGUCUUUCCGUUCGCUUCUCUUCGCGUCUCCAUCUGUUCCCGCUUCCCGCCUCCCCGCAUCCCGCAUUCAGCCGUAGAUUCUGGCUCAUCGUCCUCCUGUGCCCACCCACAAGGACGCAUGGGUCCACACAUUCUGGGUCCGCCUAGAGUCUGG